CUAGGUAUGGGAUAAUCCUGGUAGGUUAGACGUGCAGUCAGUUGCAAGUGUGCAGGAGUCAUGCAACAGUUAAUGUGCCUAAAUCCUUGACACCGGCCCACUUCCACAAAAAAGGUGGGCCACAGAAGGUGGUCAUUCUGACUGGAAGGAACGUCAGCUGCCCGGACAAGUAUACUUGUGUGAGGGACUUCUCAGCUGAAGGCUGUAGACAGGAACUGUGUCUAACUGUGAACUGUACGAAAAUCUGUUGGGGCAGAGUGAACUGCCAGCACUCUGUGUGCUCCUGAUCCCAGGAACCAUGACAGACACGGCUGCAGCUGGCGGCUAGUCAGCCAGGUGACUUGAAGGUCACUUGAGGUGCAGGAGAACGAAAGGCAGUGGGGGAAGUGGAGGAAAACACACAAUUGUCCGACUGGGACAGAAGGCGCAGGACCUGCGAGGCAUUACACUCACACUCGGGCCGCCGGGGUGUGAGCUGGAAACCGCGUGGAGGCCGGCGCGCUAGCCAGACCAUGGCUGAGAAAGGUGACAGGGCGCCCUCGAGAAAGGCAGGACUCCGAGCGGCUGUGGUACUGAUUGGGUUGUUGCACAGAUCGCGAAGAGAAAAGGACCGAAGGAAACAAGAGAUAGCCAACGGGGCCGACAUGAGCACAGUGGAACCACACUUGUCACCACCUCACACUGCUCCCCCCUCCACAAAGUCGACUGAGUUUUUCGACAUGCUGGAAAAGAUGCAGACUCCAAAACCAGAUGAGCAGAAGGCCAAGAGUAAUAGACAAAAGGAUGAUUACAUCCCGUAUCCCAGUAUUGAUGAGGUAAUAGAGAAGGCAGGGCCAUAUCAGUCCAUUAUCCUCCCCCAGUUUGGAGGUUACUGGAUAGAAGGAAUCGAGACUGUCACCACGCCAACGUCAUCGGAGAGCAGCUUCUGCGAGGAGGAUGCGGUAGAGAAUCUGAGCCCCAGCACAUAUGGUUACAAACUGGAAUGUAACAGCACAGCCAGAGUCUACAGAAAGCACUUUCUCAACAAGGAUCAUUUGAAUUUUUACACCACGUGCAGUGUUCAUGGAAACCUGAUAGUUUCUGUCAAAUACGAAGAUAAUGAUGGCCAAGAAUAUCUGCAGAUAAUCCUCAGAUCCAAGUCCAAAACAAUUCAUGAGCGACUUCCUCUGACUGGAGUUCCACAACUUCCGAGUAUUCCAAUCAUUGCAAAGCUCCUAUGUGACGAUGUGACCUGCACUAAAUUCUCUCCUGUACUUUAUCCCAAGGCAUCUCAACUAAUUGUGGCAUAUGAUGAACAUGAGAUCAACGACAAAUUCAAGUUUGGUGUGAUUUAUCAGAAGGCCAGACAGACAACAGAAGGAGAACUCUUCGGGAACAAUGAGGAAAGCCCGGAAUUUAAAGAAUUUCUUAACUUGCUGGGAGACACAGUGGUACUCCAGGAUUUCAAAGGGUUCCGAGGAGGCCUCGAUGUCGCACAUGGUCAGACCGGGUCUGAGUCUGUCUACACUGUCUUCAAAGACCGAGAGAUAAUGUUUCAUGUCUCCACUAAGCUGCCCUUCACAGAGGGAGACAAUCAGCAGCUACAGAGGAAACGGCACAUAGGGAAUGACAUCGUGGCACUCGUGUUCCAAGAGGAAAACACCCCUUUCGUUCCGGAUAUGAUCGCUUCAAACUUCCUUCAUGCCUACAUCGUGGUACAGCUCGAGGCCUCCAGUCCAAGUGAGACAACUUAUAAGGUUUCAGUAACCGCUCGUGAGGGCGUUCGUCACUUUGGCCCUCUACUGCCAAGCCCUCCAGUGUUUAAGAAGGGCCCUGAGUUCAGAGAGUUCCUUCUCACGAAGCUCAUCAACGCGGAGUCGGCCUGCUACAAGUCCGAGAAGUUUGCAAAGCUGGAGAACCGCACCCGGGCAGCAUUGCUGGACAACCUGUACGAGGAUCUUCACAACCAGUCACAGGCCAUGUUGGGACUGGGCUCUGAUGAAGAGAAGAUGGAAAAUGACACUCACGGAGGAUUCCUGGAGUCUUUCAAGAGGGUAAUUCGUGUCCGGAGCCACUCGAUGGAGACAAUGGUGACGAGCCACAAGAAGCACCACAGCGGAGGGUUGCCAGGCAGCCAGAGUGGUGGAAUCCCGCACAGUGUGAUGGAGAUUAUCAAGCACCCUCCCAAUCAAGUAAAACUCCUGAAGAGUCCAGUGAAAAGGAGGUCGGCCCUCUUCCCCCGAACCCAUGGAAGCUCAGAUGGUCAGUUGGACAGCAGGCCACGCUGUGAAAGUCUGUCAAGUUUGUCGAAGGCUCCAGAGAGCAGCCAGGUCUCGCCAGACAUCAAAUGGGAAACGUCCUCCAACCCCAGCUCACCUGAAAUGGGCCCCAACAAAGACAGCAGGGCCUUCAUCAAACUCAGGGAGAACGGCAAGGGCAACAUCUCCCGCUCGUCCUCCAGUACAAGCAGCUUCAGCAGCACGGCGGGCGAGAGUGAAACGAUAGAGGAAUACGAGGCCAACAUGGGCAGCCAGCUAUCGAUGGCAUCUCCUUUCCGACAGGACGUCUUUGUCUAUGGCAGUGAAAUCCCGGGUGGUUCAAGCCACGUCAGCUCGUGCAAGAGCCCCACAGACACAAUGAAGUGUAAAACCUCUCCAAGAACUACUUUGAAAUUCCGAUUUGAGAAACUUCACCACAGCUCAAACCCACUGCUGGGAGCUUGUCCUUCGCCACAAAUGUAGCUGCAGCUGGUUGGGACACGGCCUCCGCACCUCGAGCUGCUCCCACCCUUCCUGAAUCUGAAGCGCCCCAUUCUCCACCCGAGGAAGAAGGAGAUGGGCUGGAGGUCCUGAUGCCCCGGCUGCCUUCACAGGGGUUCAGUUUGCGUGCUCCACCUUCCGAGCAAAAACCAUUUCAAGCUCUCUUUGGAGGCAUGUUACUUUAACAAUAUAAACACUUUGCAAGUCACGUCAGUGAAUGGUAACAUUGAAUAUGGUUUGGGUAGACCUCAGGGUUUCCUAUCCUCGCUGGCUUUCUUGGGCUGUAACCUUCUGGAAUUAACCUUUCUUUGGGUACUGGAAUGGUGUGGAUUUUCAUUGGAGGAUGUCAGAUGCAGGCAUCUCAGAUCCUACAAUGGGAAAGACCUGGGAGAGGUUUUGAAGGGACAACCAAAUGUCUUGAAUAGCCAGUGGUUUCUCUGAGGAACCUGGGGUAAAGUGACUGCCUCUCUGCCAAGAGCACGAGGCGGAAUCCUCAGGGCUGUUACUAUAGAUCUAUCAGGAGGUUGCCCGUUUUCCCCCCCCGCCCCCUCCGACAUUCCCGAAGUGGGGGUGCAGCCGUUCCUGAAUCCCUGUUGAUGUAGCUUCACACAGUACUUGUAGCAAAGCCUAAACUUUGUGUUGUAACCUGUUACCUGCCACGUAUACACUGCCGAUUAACAGAGAGCAUCGGUGUGCCCUGCGUCAUUUGUUGUCCAUGUGCCUGAGAUUACAUUUAAAUGUAUUAGUUGUGCAGAAAAAAAGAACCUGCCUUUUUUUUUGUCUUGGAUGAAUCUUACUCCUGUCCAGAUUCCAGUAAAAGCACGAAAAUAGUCAACAGGAGUCAGUUUAAACAUUUUGAGUAAGGAGAAGACUUGAUGAGAUUUCCUUGUUAUUGCUUUUUCCUCUCAUUCAAUUUACUUCCUGGUCAGUUGAGGCCUUUGGGUUAGAAAAUUUUGGAGCCUCGUCUCAGGUAACCCACGGUAACACUGGUGGUAAUGCUGCCUUGAUAUUUAACUAUGAUCAGAAUUUUAAAUUUCUGGUUAUUAGUUAGUACUCAGACUUGUUUUUAAUUUUCUCACCACGUUCUUCUUUAGCUCUUUUUCUUCGUCUCCCACAAAUCCCCAGCAGUAGUACUACACCUGACUCUGUUGUUGUUUCACUAUUGUUCUGCUAUUCCUCCUCCCUUUGUUUCUAUUGUUCCUCCUUCAUUUCAUUGUGACUUCCUCUUUGCUACCAUAUCUGUCUUUCUCUCCUUCUUGUCCACCUCCUUCCAUCUCCCUUCCUCCCCUCACCUAUUUUUUCUCACAAAUGUUUAAAAUUUAAAUUUCUCUCUCACAAAUGCAUCUCAAAUGUACCUGGGUAGACGUUUUCAAAUUUGUCACAAAAAGUGAUUCACAUCACAUUAAAGAAAAAGGCAAGACAAAGAUUUGGUGCCGUCUUUGAAAGUAAAGCACAGUUUUCUGAGCUGUCUAAGAUAUGAUUUGGCCUUUCCUCAAUUCGAUUUUGACACCACAUCCAUCAUUACAUUAUUUUGCCCGCAUGUGCAGACUGUCAACGAAUUGACUACAUGUUCUUGGAGGCAACAGAUUUUGGAGCCUUCGUGAUCCUGCACACUGUCUAAUCACAGAUUUAAUUAAAAGAUUUACUGUAUAGUAUCAUGUUAGGGCCACAAUAUAAAGCAAGUCUUCUGCAUUCUCCUGUUUUCCCUGUGACAUUGCCAGUGUCUGUGUUCCCUGCAACAUCACCACUUUCUGUGUUCUCUAUGACAUCACUACUCUUUGUGUUCUCUGUGACAUCACAAUGAAUCCUGAGAGUGUGGCGAAAGGGUGCAGAACAUUGAACACGUUCUGCGCAACUGCCCACUCUCACCUGAUCUAGCUGACACUGACCUGCUCAGCAUCAACCAAACAACACUAGAGUGGCUGGCUGUCUGGUGUGACGAGCUAUGACGAUGACCAGUGUCUGUGCUCCCUGUGACAUAACCAUUGUCUUUUGAAGUCAUCAUGGCUGUAUUCCCUGUGAAGUCACUGGUAUCCUUUCACAUUUAAUCACAAAAAACUUUUUCACACGGCAAGUUGUCAUUGACUGGAAUUCACUGUGUGAUGCUGACAAAAUUGAAAAUGAAAUAAGUAAAUUCUUGAGGGUAAAAGGUUGCAGGGAUAAGAGCUCCAGCAGAGAGCUGGCGCACCCUAGAUGGGCCGAGCGUUCUCCUUCCUUGCUGUAAUAACCCUAAAACCUCCUGUUCUGUGAGAAGUUCACCUUUCCCUUUUGUGGUGGAUCUCCGUGUUUCUGUUCCUGAUUCUCCCCUCCUGGAGCCGUAAGAUUUCAGGUGGUAUCCGGUAAGAGUCAGAAUCCUGCCUGCCUCUCACCCAAACCUUGCUGCGGGCAAAUCCGAAAGAAGAAUAACACCAGGCCACACCUAACCUCCUCAUGUCACUGUGAUCAGGUCCAGCCGAGCUAAUGGAUGAAGAGUGAACCUGUGAAACCAAACCAAAAUCACUUGCAAAUGUUUCUUGUGCUUAACUUUGACCUUGAUCUGGACAGAUAGCACCUGCUGAUCCUGUCACCUCCAUUAUCUCUGAAUCUCCCUAUCAACAAUGAAACCGGUUGUAGAGGGUGUUUGCUUGAAAUCUCCACCCCAGUACUGAGUUCAAAAUAAAUCUGUUGUCUGCAAUUCCAUUGUUUUCAGUGAGGAUCACUGUCCAAAGCUCAUAAAGUUGUACUUCUUGAAGUAGUUAAAAGCAGAGAAUUGGUGGGGAGUAGCUGUUCUUCAGUUAAUUUCUAUUCCAGUGUUUUACCUGGGACCAUUAGUUUGAGGCCAUCUUUGCCACACUAGAAUCAUCUUCCUCCUUGAUCAGGUGACCCUUCCCAUUGGUGCUGGAGAACGGUGAAGACUGCGCAGGUUUUCUGCUCUGGGAGGCCGAGUCCUCCCAUCCUCCCUCCUCACAAACUGAGAUAGGUUUCAGGUCAAACCAGGAAGGCCUAUAUAGCCACGUAAACUGUGGGCGAUGCUGGGAGUGUGUGGACCUCGUACAGAAACGAUGAUUUAUUGUAUACGCGCACACCCCUCCACGUUACAGUUUACACCUUAAGCCUUGUCAAAGCCUGUGCAGUUGUAUGACUAUUCGUUGUGCUUUAUGUUUUGCCAAGUACAAAGUGUGAUGUAAAAAAAAAUGUGACUGUUGCUUCUCAUGAUGUGAGACCUUUUACCAUGAAGUAAUUCCAGGAUGUCCAUUGUAAUGAUUUAUUGUAGUUUUUGUUCUCAUUCUUGUAUGCGCAUGCGCACGCACACGCACACGCACGCACACACACACGCACACACACACAAGACAAAAGAUGUUUUGGGGAGAGAGGUUUAACCAUCCUGCUAAUGUGUAAUGGGGGGAAGAAAAAGGACACUGAAGACUUGAACUUUAAACUCUGGGCCAGGCUGGUGUGGCGUGUGCAUAGCUAAGGGGUUACUGUGUGGAAGUAUAACGCAAAGGGAACUGUUGCCAAGAAGUGGCAGAGCUUUACAAAGCUGCCUGAUUGACCCACAGAUGUAAAUAUUGUACAAUUAAUUUAUUGCUCCUUUGGCAAAUUAAUUUUGUUGUGAUGUAAAAAAACAGAAGGACCUGAAAUCCUGUGUUUGUAUAUUCUGUUUUGCUGUCGACGUCUUUUUGCAUAGUGCUGCACAGUAAUAAAUGUAUUUUGUGUCA